CCAGAGUGACAAAGUGAAAGUACCUCAUCGGUGAGGUGUACUGGGCCUUUAAAUCCGCAAUGCCGUACACUCGGGUUGUCGUACGAAAUGUUUGCGACAUUUACCGACAGUUUCCGGUAGCUUCAUUUUAGCCAGAGGAAGCAUGAGCAUCUCGCUGAUCUAUUUUAAGGUGGAAAAGGGCGUCAGUGGAGUGUCGUGUGUAAUACGGUGUGGAACUGUGGAUUUAACUCAGAUUCAGUCACCACAUGUCACAAACAGCGGUAGCAGCCACGACAGGCAAGACAUCUGAUCGGGGGCUCCUGCAGCCCACCCAUGCCUGUGAUCCCCAUCCCUCGGCGGGUGCGCAGCUUUCACGGCCCCCACACCACCUGCAUGCACUCGGCGUGCGGCGCGGCACACACCACCAAGCUGGUGCGCAGCAAGUAUAACAACUUUGAACUGUACAUGCGCUCGCGCUGCAUAUACAGCUUUCUGCGCUUCCUGCUCUACUUUGGCUGCAGCUUGCUCACCUCCCUCUUGUGGGUUGCGCUGUCGGCGCUAUUCUUUGCGCAGUACGUCGGCGUUCGCGUACUCCUGCGCCUGCAGUACAAGCUGUCCGUCAUCCUUUUUCUGCUCGGCCACAGGCGCCUGGACUUUGGCGCCGUCAACGACUUGAUCAUCUACAGCAUGCAGAUCACCAUGUUCAUGGUGGGAGGUCUCGGCUGGUGCUUCAUGGUUUUUGUGGACAUGUAGCCAGAAUGAGGGUGAGUGGGAGGACCUUGUUGUAGGUAUGUGUACAUUUUCGUGCACCGGCACGAGCGAACGCCGCUGCGGUGGUGAACCUGAAUGUGAUUCAGAGUCCGCAAACGCUUUGUUAUGUGCCUCGUUGUCAAUUUUUUAUGCACAAAUGUAUGUUUGUGCUGUUUGUUUGACGUUUACCAAUAUUUUUGUUCAACAAAAUGUCAAAAUUUAUGAAAAGGAAUGCAGAAGUUACACUACUAGUGAAUAUCCUUUAACAAAUCGCAGGAACAUGUCAGACAUGUCAGUUACGUGGCACGACAAGCAGAAAUUCUGACACGCCAAACUUCCUGCGACGUGGUUGUUAGGCGUCUGACAGAUCAGCAGCUGAUAUAUAUGUCAAACUACACGAGGAAUUGCCCCCCCCCCCCCCCCCCCCCCACACUUCACGACAUUCAAUUAUUCUCCACAACGUGCAAUCAGGCUGAAAUCUUGUAGUCUGAGUCAGACUUAAGCCUGAUCCACCGUGCAAAUGAACUUACACAUAUUUUCUUGCAGAAUAGUUAUAUUUAUUAUUUAUCGUUGACUAAGUUUUCCUAUGACACCUUAUUGCAAUCGGUGAGAAAAUAAGCAAGUUUUUUUGUGUGGGGGGGGGCACAUAGCUUCGCAUUGGGGCCCUGACUUUUCUAUCUAUUUACUUUUGGAGCACCUUUAAAUGUUCAGCAACACAAAAUUUGGUCGUACUGUAUGUUGAGUGUAAAAAUGACAAAUGUUGUCACUUUAAUGUGUUUGUGGGUUAAAUGUGUUGGGAUUUUUAUAUUGAGAUUUUUAGAAUUGCAUGGUGGACUAGAGUAAAUACUCUUAAUGGACGCAUGUGACCCACAGGCACCCCCAUUUGAGAGGGGGUAAAAAGAUAAAUUGUGCAUAUUGAUUACUUACUCAAAUAAACUCCAAAGUGUCUGACA